CACCACCAAUCACCUGAGGUGGCAGCUGCAGUUGUGAGGACUGCAAGUAUUCCCCCAACUCCCUCUUGGCUUAGGGGUGUACCUCUCCCUCCUCCCCGGAGCUGGUUUUGGAGGAAAACAUGAAGGCCCUGUGGCUCUGUGUCCUGCCCUGCCUGGUCCCGUUCCUAGCCUCUCUCAGCCAGGCUGAGGAGGGCCUGGAGUUCCCCAGCUUCGACGGAAAAGAACGGGUCAUCAACAUCAACGAGAAGAACUACAAGAAGGCCCUGAAGAGGUACGACAUGCUGUGCCUUCUCUACCACGAGCCCCUGGGCUUCAACAAGGAGCUGCAGAAGCAGUAUCAGAUGGCCCAGCUGGUGCUGGAGCUGGCCGCACAAGUCCUGGAAGACAAAGACAUCGGGUUUGGGAUGGUUGACUCUCAAGAGGACGCGAAGGUUGCUAAAAAACUGGGUCUGGAGGAGGAGGCCAGCGUGUACAUCUUCAAAAAUGAGCGAGUCAUCGAGUUUGAUGGAGAGCUCUCUGCCGAUACGCUGGUGGAGUUCCUGCUGGAUCUGCUGGAAGACCCAGUGGAGCUCAUCAGUAAUGCCUUGGAGCUGCGUGCCUUUGACCGCAUGGAGGAGGAAACAAGGCUCAUUGGCUUCUUCAAGGGCGAAGAUUCUGAAUACUUCAGAGCGUUUCAGGAGGCAGCUGAACACUUCCAGCCCUAUAUUAAGUUUUUCGGCACCUUUGAUAAAGGGGUUGCUAAAGAGUUGACACUGAAGAUGAAUGAGGUGGACUUCUAUGAGCCCUUCAUGGAUGAACCAAUGACCAUCCCAGGAAAGCCUCACUUGGAGGAAGAUAUUGUGGAGUUUGUCAAAAUUCACAGAAGGCCAACACUGCGAAAGCUGCGAGCUGAAGACAUGUUUGAGACCUGGGAGGAUGACAUGGAAGGAAUCCACAUUGUCGCUUUUGCUGAAGAGGAAGAUCCUGAUGGUUUUGAGUUCCUUGAGAUCUUGAAGGAGGUGGCGAGGGACAACACCCAUAACCCAGAUCUGAGCAUUGUGUGGAUCGACCCAGACAAUUUCCCACUGCUGACUACAUACUGGGAGAAGACCUUCAGGGUGGACCUCUUCAAGCCUCAGAUUGGUGUGGUGAAUGUGACAGAUGCAGACAGUGUGUGGCUCCACAUGCCGGACGAUGAGGAUCUUCCCAGUGCGGAGGAGCUGGAGGACUGGAUCGAGGACGUGCUGUCCGGGAAGGUGAACACGGAAGACGACGACGAUGACAUCGUCGUCCCUGCUGAUGAUGAUGACGAUGACGACGAUGACAUUACUGAUUUCGAUGAUGACAAUGAUGAUGAGGAUGAAGAUGAUGGUAAUCUAUAAACUGAGCCUCACGGGUGGUACAUCCAGGUAAAGCCGGUGUUCUUCAUGUGCCCCACCAUCUUGAAUCAAACCCUGGCCCUCCCAGUCCUGACUGUCGUCAGGAGUUCUGACC